GACUAACAGCAGGUCCGGAAAUAGUUUCCUGCGCGGGCCGUUUUGAUGCAGCGUCGGGGUAGAUUGUGAGGUCUCGGUGGUUCACGCACGGCUCCCUCACCUGAAGAAAGUUGUGGAGAAUAGCUGGAUGGUUGGAGUCGAUCCGGUGUCCCCUGCCCCGUUCCAGGAAGUGGAAUGUACUGAGCAGUGACCGGAUGAUGUUUGUGCCCAGGUCUCUGAAGGUGAAGAGGGCUGAGGAAAGCAAUGAGCAAGCAACCAAGAGGAGCAAGACCCUGGCUGGCGACUCCGAACCCGGCGAUGGCCAGCUGGCCCAGAGCUGCGCGGCUGAAGGGGGAGGAGGGCAGCCAGGAGCCGGGGAAAGUGGCGACGAGGAGCCGGUGAAGGCCCUCAGCCAAAGCCAGCGCUGGCCGGAGCCUGGGGAGCCGGCUUGCUCCAUGUGCGGCCGCUAUGGGGAGUACAUCUGCGAUGAGACAGACACUGACGUGUGCAGCCUGGAGUGCAAGGCCAAGCACCUGCAGCAGAUCACAGGUGCGGGACGCCCUCAAGACGCAGAGGAGUCCAGCCGGGAGGAAGUGAUCCCGGACGGCCAGUACCGGGAGCACCCCUUUAUCUCCAGCCUGUCAGAUGAGCAGGUGGAAACCCUGCAGCAGCAGCUGGGGAUCACUGUGCAGGGCCCCACCCUCAGGCCCAUCGUGGAGUUCGAGCACUGUGGCUUCCCCGACACCCUGAGUGCCAACCUGCACAGGCUGGGCUACCACAGCCCCACCCCGGUGCAGAUGCAGAUGCUGCCACAGGGCCUGGCUGGGAAGGACGUGCUAGCGGCGGCUGACACCGGCUCAGGGAAGACUGCGGCCUUCCUACUCCCGGUGAUCAUGGCAGCACUGAGGGAGAAGAAAGAUUCUCUGCAGCAGCCUGUGGGGUUGAUAUUGACUCCAACACGUGAGCUUGCCAUUCAGAUUGAGCGUCAGGCCAAGGAGCUGAUGAUGGGUCUCCCCAACAUGAGGACAGCUCUGCUGGUUGGGGGGAUGCCCCUCCCACCUCAGCUCCAUCGGCUUCAACAAAACAUUAAGGUUAUUAUUGCCACCCCUGGCCGACUACUGGAAAUACUGAAGCAGGAAGCCAUCAGCCUGUGUGGACUGCAGAUUGUGGUGGUUGAUGAGGUGGAUACGAUGUUGAAGAUGGGUUUCCAGCAACAGGUGUUGGAUAUCUUGGAGCAAACGCCCGAGGAGCAUCAAACAAUUCUUGUCUCUGCCACCAUCCCAGCAGGCAUCCAGCAGCUUGCCAGCCAUUUCCUGCAGGAUCCCAUCAGGAUUACAGUUGGAGAAAUGAACCAGCCUUGUUCUAAUGUCCGUCAGAUCAUCCUGUGGGUGGAGGAGCCUUCUAAGAAGAAAAAGCUAUUUGAGAUUCUGAAUGAUGGCAAACUGUUUCACCCACCUGUGCUGGUAUUUGUGGACUGCAAAUUGGGAGCUGAUCUCCUGUCCAGUGCCGUGGAGACCAUCACUGGCCUGAAGUCAGUAGCCAUUCACUCUGACAAGGCCCAGUGUGAUCGGAACCAGAUCCUACAGGGUCUGCUUCAAGGAGACUAUGAAGUUGUAGUCAGCACAGGAGUUCUUGGCAGAGGGCUAGAUCUUGUCAACGUCAGACUGGUUGUGAACUUCGACAUGCCACGCACCAUGGAUGAAUAUGUACACCAGGUGGGGAGAGCAGGUCGUUUGGGCCACAGAGGAACGGCCAUCACCUUUGUGAAUAACAACAGCAGCAGGCACUUCCUGGAGUUGGUGAAGAGGGUGAAGCCAACAGGUACGCUGCUGCCCCCACAGCUCCUCAACUCUCCGUACCUGAUUGAGCAGCAGCGUAGAGAGCAGCAGAAGAACAAGCAACGAGCGCAGCAAGACUUGGUGACUGGGGACAGUUUGAUUGACAUCAUAAGGAAGCACGACCGCAGUGUGCAACAGAAGCGAUAGCCCAGGGAUCUUGAUGAGACUGCUGGCCCUGAUUAACACCACCUAUCCAUGCUGGAUGUUAUUUGCACAGGACUCCUUCCUUGGCCUAGGUGUUAGAGUCAGGUUGUGUUCACACAGAGGAUGGGGGUGAAUGGGACGAGAAACUCAUUAUACAAGCUGGAUAGAGAUGGCUGAAUGUAAUUCAGUGCUGCUUUAAGAAUGUGAACUUGUCUAAUAGUGUUCUAUCUGUUUAAAUGGGCUAAAAUCUGAAGGAUUAUGUAAGUUCUACCAGAUGAGUCUGUGCAUGUGCAGCAUUUGAGCCUGUCUGACAGUUUAGGCUAUAGUCCUCCUCCUCCUUGGAUUCUUGGAGGUAAAAGGUUCAAUACCUUCUAUCACUGGUAUAUGUUGUAAAACUUGUCAUUUUGCAGCAGCAGUACAUUGCAAUACAUAAUUAAAAACUAUAAAUUACAAUAAGUAUAAAUUUUAAAAAUUAAAUUAAUUAAGUAGACCAACUCAAAGCAGUCCUGUAAGCACUCCUCCACCUCCCUCAACCAUACCUUCUUGGUCCUCACAACUGAUACUGCACCUUUAGAUUCUGCUUAUACACUAAAUGUGAAGUACAGCCAGAUAAGAACAUAAGAAAUAGGAGCAGGAGUCGGCCAUCUGGCCCAUUGAGCCUUCUCUGCCAUUCAAUAAAAUCAUGGCUGAUCUGACCAUAGACUUAUCUCCACCUACUUGCCUUUUCCCCAUAACCCUUAAUUCCCCUACUAUGCAAAAGUCUAUCCAACCUUGUCUUAAAUAUAUUUACUGAGGCAGCCUCCACUGCUUCACUGGGCAGAGAAUUCCACAGAUUCACCACUCUCCGGGAAAAGCAGUUCCUCUUCAUUUCCAUUCUAAAUUUACUCCCAGAGUCUUCAGGCUAAGUCCCCUAAUUCUAGUCUCACCUACCAGUGGAAACAAAUUUCCUGCCUCUAUCUUCUCUAUCCCUUUCAUAAUUUUAUGUUUCUAUAAGAUCUCUCAUUCUUCUGAAUUCCAGCGAGUACAGUCCCAGGCGACUCAAUCUCUCCUCAUAGUCUAGCCCCGUCAUCUCUGGAAUCAGCCUGGUGAACCUCCUCUGCCAGUAUAUCCUUCCUCAAAUAAGGAGACCAGACUGCAUGCAGUACUCCAGAUACAGCCUCACCAGUACCCUGUACAGUUGCAGCAUAACCUCCCUGCUCUUAAUUCAAUCCCUCUAGCAAUGAAGGCCAACAUUCCAUUUGGCUUCUUGAUAGCCUGCUGCACCUGCAAACCAACCCUUUGUAAUCCAUGCACAAGCACUCGCAAGUCCUUCUGCACAGCAACAUGAUGCAAUCUUACUAUUUAAAUAAUAAUCUGAUCUUCCAUUUUCCCUUCCAAAGUGAAUGACCUUGCAUUUACCAACAUUGUUCUCCGUCUGCCAGACCCUUGCCCCUCACUUAACCUAUCUAUAAUCUCUCUGCAGACUCUCUGUAUCCUCUGCACUUUGUUUCCCCACUCAAUUUAGUGUCAUCAGCACUAAGUGAUUGGACUUUUCAAAAUAUGGUCAUGAAAUGGCAUAAGUGUUCUUGGUAUGACAGUGGUCAAGUGUGUUAGCUCCUCUGGUUCCAUAGGUGAUACAUUGGUGGUAGUUGUUCAGAGAUUUCUUUAAGCUGGCCUGCUUGAAAUCUCCCGCAAUGAUAGGGAAGGCAUCAGGGUGUGCAGUUUCGUGCCUGCUGAUUUCAUUGCUCAAUUCUUCCAGUACCUGCCUGACGUUGGCCUGAGGCGGAAUAUACACUGCUACCAGGACAAUGGUGGAUAAAAUGGAUGACAUUUGACCAUUAGAUGUUCCAGGUUCAGUGAGCAGAACUGUCACAUUUGUCUACCACAAUGAAUUAAUCAUAAAGCUUACUCUACCUACUUAUUUAAAAGACUCGGCUGUCCUGUCAUUGUGGAGAAUCUUGAAGCCAUCGAGCUGCAGUGCUGCAUCCAAAAUGGUGGGGGAUAGUCAUGUUUCUGUGAAGCAAAGUGCACAGCAGUUCCUGAUAUCCCUUGGUACAGCAAUCUUGCUCUGAGGUCUUAAAUUUUAUUUUCCAGAGACCUUACAUUCUCCAACAGAAUAGUUGGCAGUGGGGUCUAAAGCCUCUGCGUUUAAAUCAUACUUGCAGAUGAGUCUGGUGUUCAAAGUUUGUCAAUUUUUUUUGAGUAUCAAUAUAUAUUUUUUAAGCAUCUUAAAACAAUGCUAAUUACUGAAUCUCCGU